AUGCACCCUCUUCUCUCUUCUGACGCUGCCACCAUGCUGGCAAGAAGUUACCGAAUGUUUCAUGAUGAUAGCAUGAAGUCAUUCUUUCGUAGACUUAGUUUUACUCCUGAUGGAUCUUUGCUUCUCACACCAGCAGGUUGUGUUGAAUCCGGUGAAAAUGUAACAAAUACAACUUAUGUUUUCUCCAGAAAGAAUCUUAAAAGGCCUCUUGCUCAUCUCCCCUGCCCUGGAAAAGCAACACUUGCUGUCCGCUGCUGUCCAGUCUACUUUGAAUUGAGGCCAGUAGAUAAAGCAUCACAGGAGUCAGGACUGGAACUGAUUAGCCUACCCUAUCGGUUGGUGUUUGCUGUGGCUUCUGAAGAUUCUGUGCUUUUCUAUGACACCCAGCAGGCCUUUCCUUUUGGUUAUGUGUCCAAUAUCCAUUAUCAUACACUGAGUGAUAUUUCAUGGUCCAGUGAUGGGGCUUUCCUGGCCAUUUCUUCUACAGAUGGGUAUUGUUCCUUUGUGACAUUUGAGAAAGAUGAACUUGGAGUGCCUUUAAAGGAGAAACCUGUUUUAAAUGUGAGAACUCCUAAUACAGCAGAGAAGAAAGCCAAGAAUCAGACACACCGAGUGACUUCCCCAAGCCCUAGGCCAGGGGAGGGAACCCCUACCAGUAGAAACCAAGAUCCAAACAGUUCUAUGACACCCCUUCAGAAUAGGCAGUCUCCAGCCCUGACGGUGAACAAGGACCUGCCCAUGAGUCCUCUUGGAAAUAGAAGCUCCCUGAAUCCAUCCUCAGAAGAGAAGAAAACUCUGCAGGCUUGUAGUCAGAACAUAAAGUCAAGCCAACCCCGGAGGAUCACUUUGAAUACUUUACAAGCCUGGAGUAAGACAACUCCCCGGAGAAUAAACUUAAUGGCCUUAAAGACAGAUGCUCAGACAUGCACCCCACAAGUCAACUCUGCUUCUAGUCCAUCUAUAGAAGUAUGUCAGCCAGAGAUACCUGAAGACACUCUUUGCAAUUCUCCAGAAUCAAAACGCCUCAGGUUCAAUGAAACACCUACUUCACCAUCUUCUGAAAAUGAAAGGAGCCAAGGUUUAAGCAGCUGAAAGUCUGGAAGACUGGAUUCCUGAUGAACUUUCAUUACCUAGCCAUAGUAUGACCAAAAUAGGAGAGGCCUUUGGGUCCAAAAGGAGGCUUAUCUGAUGGAGUAUGUGACUUGUUCAGCUUCCAACCCAGGUGCAGCAAGUGCUUGAAGCAUGAUUCUUGUAGUAGAAGAUACUGGCUUGUACUGCUUUUUCAGCAAAUAACUAUUCUUUCUAUUUAUCACACAUUUUAACUCAGGAGAAUGAAGGUAUUUAUCCUUAGAUUAAAUAUUGGCAUUGUUCUCCUAAAGGUGGAACUCUAAACCUCUUUAGCCAUCUGGAAAUGUUUAAAUUGUUGCGAAAGUCCAUGAACCUUGCCCCUUAUUCUGAAGCAUUUUCCUAAUGAUGGAACUUUUCUUCUAAGAUUAGAUCUCAAAAAAAGGAGAAAAUGUAAAUCUCUUCUAGGCUUGAUCUUUUGGAUUUUAGAGGCCGUGAAGUGAUUGGUAAUUUAAAUUAUAGCUUUCCAUAAUUACUUUAUUUGCAUUUCAAAAAUUACUUUAAAUAGCCCACCAUGUGUCUUGGAUUUGCUUACCUCAGUCCUCAUGGGUAACAAUAAUAAAGUGUUUUUUAAAAACUAAGCUUUCUGAAUACAAUAGUGUUAGAGUUGGAAAGGCCAUUAGAUAUUUUCUAAUCUGGUCCACACUUCAUUUUUUAAAAAGUUUUUUUGUUUUGUUUUUACAUUCCAAACAUGUACAGAUUACUCCAACUUCAUGAGCAGUCUCUAAGUAAAAUUAGUAAUACAGUGAGCUCAUCUGAAAAUGCUUACAUUUCAUCUCUAUUGCAGCCUCCCCUUUAUCUCAACCACCUCAUUGAGAAAAAAAAAUUAGAAAAGAAAAACAAAUUUCUUGCAACAAAGAUGUAUAGUCAAGGAAAAUAAAUUCCCUCAGUGGCUAUGUACAAAUAUAUAUGUGCUUAAUUUUGCACUCUAAAUCCAAAACUUCUCUGUAGCAGAGAGCGUGUUUCAUCAUCAGUCCUCUGGAAUCAUGAAUGGUCAUUGUAUUGACCAUAGUCACUUCAACUUUAAAGAUGAGGAAACUGAGACCCUCAAAAUGAGAAAUAACUUACAUGUUAAUAUGGAGAAAAUAUUUCCACUGAGUUCUUCUGAGAGGGAAUUGUUGCCACAUGACACAAUCCCCACACAGAGAUCCCAGAGAUUAAAACCAAGGAUUUUUUAUGCUUAAGCAUAGGUUCAGAGCUCAGGAAAAAGUAGUGAGAGUUUUCAGGAGGCUUGUAUAGUUUUCAUUUAUAUCAGAGGGGAAAAGGAAUGGAGAGACAAACAAUUUUACAGAGAUAAACUUAAGGUAAUUAGAUUUCAAAGCUAGACUUGUGAGAUUUAUACUUCAAGGUUUCAUUUGGAGAGCUUAUGGGGGACUAAUUGAGAGGAGAGAUUUACAUGCCAAAAGAUAUCUACUGAGCCAGAGCCAGUGAAUUUGUAAAUUUAUCAUCUAGAUGGGAGUUGUCAGGAGUCCAGGCAAGUGUCAUACAUUCCACUUACCCCGUGUAGUUCCUUACCUAAUGACUAAGAGUCUAAACUAAUUUUAGCAGACCUCUAGAAAGGCUUUAGCCAGCUUAGUAACCUUCCUAGCAGAAGUGGCAGUUCUGAACCCCAAAUAAUAAAGACUUCAUUAAAAAAUCCAAAAGCUUUUAUGACAAUAUGCAAGGAAUCAUUUGCUUAACUUUACCUCAGUGUGGUAAAAGGUAGGUUCACAAAGAGUCGGGCAUGACUGAAACAAUGAUGACAAAUGGAGUAGAAAUAGGCUUUUUAGGGGCAGCUAGGUGGUGCAGUGGAUAGAGCAUUGGCUCUGGAGUCAGGAGGACCUGAGUUCAAAUCCGGCC